UUUUAAAAUAUGUUUAUUUUUUUUCAGUGAAUUACGAAAUUUGAUUUAUAACAUUUCUUGCAUUCAAAACCCACAUUACAAGUUUAAAUAUGGCAGAUGUACCAGUAAUGGCAAAGUUCUUAACAAAUAAAAGCAUUGAAAAGGCAAAAAUUGAACUGGGCGAAUCCAAAGGCAUAAAAGAAGACGCCCUACAAAAGUUGCGUGAAAGAAUUUCCGCCACAAAUGACGACACAAAACGUGGCUUACUAUUACGUAAACACAGCGAAGCAGACGACAGUUUUCUGUUACGUUUUCUUCGAACACGAAAAUUCGAUCCAGAAAAAGCGUACGAGCUUUUGCAAGCAUACGACCACUACCACAAGAAAUACCCAGACGUGGUAAGCCCUAUUAGAAAAGAUGAAGUGAGACAGCGAAUGGAAAUGGCCCAACCUGGCGUACUACCAUAUCGUGACCAUGAGGGCAGAGUCGUUUUCUUAUUCAAGAUAAAAGAUUGGAAACCAGAGACUUACCCGUUUUGGAAGGUUGUCCAGACUUAUAUAUAUUUGAUCGAACAUUUAUUAAAAAGCGAGGAGACGCAAAUUAACGGUAUUGUAAUCAUUGAAAAUUUCGAAGAUUAUUCUUUCCGGCAGAUGGCGGCAGUGGGUAUUUCAGACUAUAAGAAAAUGAUUGGAAUGUUACAGGGCGCUUUCCCGUUGCGUUUUAAAGGAGUUCAUUUUCUUGGACAGCCAGAGUUUUUCGUUAAAGUUUACGCUCUGAUAAAGAAAUGCAUUAACAGCAAGCUGCUUCAACGCGUACAUUUGCACGGUCGUACUUUAGACGCUUUUCAUAAAGAAUUCCCAGCCGAUAUUAUACCUUCUGAUUUCGGUGGUACAGCGCCACCAUACGAUGGCCACGCAGCGGCCAAUUUGAUCCUAGGUGACGCUAACGAGUAAGUCACCAAAUCCGAGCCACCUGAAAAAGUUUACUAUGUUAGGCUUCUGUGACCUUACGUGAACUUGUCGCUGACGUCACAAUUUAUGACGUCAUCAAGUUGUGGCGUCAGGGGAAAAACGUUGGAGUGACACCUGACGUUACACCUAUGCAAUCUUAAAAAUGACGUCAUUAGAUUGCGACGUCAUCAAAAUGUAACGUCAUAAUAACGUCAGCGUCUAAACGUUUGGGAAAACGUAAACGACGUUGCGCUACGUUACGCACAGCUACGUUAUACUGUACGUGGCGUAUAAUGAAUAAACAAGAAAUAUUGAAACUUAGCUAUUUCUUUGUUUUUUUUUAAUGUUUUAUUUUAGUUUGUAUUUAUUUCUGUUCCGUAUAAUAUGCUACAUGAUCGCCAGUGUUGUAAAUACAUUUUUGUAAACGCAUUUAAGUAUAUAAUAAUAAAAAAGCAACAUAAAACAUGAA